AUGGCUGAAUCACAUCCAAGUUUAAUAGUGGACGAUGUAGAAAAUACUAGCGACUCCAGUUAUGAUGAAGAAGAAAGCGAUGUCAGUGACGAAAGCUCGUCGUCAGAUGAAGAAUCGAGUAGUUCUGACUCAUCGAGUUCUUCCAAUGAUGCUGAUGAGGAAGAGGAAAGUUCGGAUAGCGACACGGUUGAUAUUUGGGGGUCUUCAGGAGAGGAAAUGGAGACCGAGGAGGCUGCUGAGGCUGGUCUUCAUGCAGACUAUUUGAAGGCGAUAGGGAUGCUAGCUGAUCGUAAGUACAAAGAGGCUUUUUCACUGAUGCGCUCUUUGCUGGAACACCCGUUACUUCAGCCAUAUGAUGUGGAAUUUGGUCAUUUUGACUGGAAAAAUGCUCACAUUAGAGCGCACAAUGAAAAAAUAUCAUCUACUGCACAUAUUUUUUCUUCUUUACACUUCAACAUAUCGAAGUUGGUUCGAAACCCCAUCCAGAAUUUGAUGAAGGCACUCACUAUUUAUCCGAACGAUGAGCAGCUCUGGAAGCGAGUAGGAGAGGCUGCUCUGAAGGUAUCUGAUUGGUCAACAGCUUUAUUUGCUUUCCAAAAGUGUUCUCAUGACUGGGUCGCAAUAAAUGGUACCAUCAUCGCUCUUUUCAUGUCCCAUCUUUACGAAGAGUGCCUGCAGAAGUUAUCUGAAGUGCUUCCUUUUCGACCUUACUACGCAGUGGGACGUGUGGUUAAACAUUCAAUAUGCAAUUCCAGUAAUUUUUGGAGAGAGCGGUGUAAUAAAAUUUUUGAAAAAAAAUGGCCUCCAUUGAAGGAGGAUAGUCUUCCUCCGAUUGGUGAAAAACAGGUUGUAGAGGUUUUGGCAGAUAUUGGGGCUGGGCGAGAGUUGGAAGUAAUUCGCUGUGUCGAAAAAAAUUUGGCAGAUCUUGAUAUUGUACAGUGUCAAAGGCAUGUUCAUUUUACCAAUGUGGCAGAUAUAGGAAUAGCCCUUUGCGACGUAUAUGAUCGAGUUGAGUGGUUUGGUGAUUCUGUUUUCGAUCGUGUUCAUUUCGUGGAGAACGAGCAAUCGGAACCGGACGAUAAAGAUGAAGAUGUUGUCUUUAGAAUUCUAACUUCUGUUAUAGACAUUAUAUGUGUAGUAGAGAACGUCGUUGAUCAAGUCGUUAUGAAGAGGCUUGCAAAGAAGAAACCUCAGUUAAUUCUGGACUUAGAGUUCAGCAGACGCUCUGCUCGUUUUCAUAGCGGGUUUCAAGUAACGGAUGAUGUCGGGAAGAAUUUGAGUUUGUCAUCGCUAUUGGAUAAGGCAUGUGUUCUUCCCAACACUAUAACAAGUUUAUUCGCAUUGGUAUCUUUAAGGAAAAAUUCAGAUUCUGUUGUGCUUUCCACAGCUUCCCUUCUUCAAGAAACGGAAGAAUUAGUGAAUUCCUGUAAAAGUAGUGUCUGUUCUUACAUUGGAGAGGAGAUUGAUGUUUUGACGGCCUUGAAAAGAUACCUCGUUUGGAUUUCUGAGAAGUACUGGAGGAAAAGAUUCACUCCUUGCAGUUAUAAUAUUGUUGUGCAGUGUUAUCGAAGAUGGUACUCAUUACGGUCUGGAAGCAAUAACUAUUUGGCAGAAUCGUUCAGCUUAGACCCUGAAGAAAUAAAGUUGAGCAUUAUACUUGCAGAAUACGGCUUGGAAGAAGCUGUUUUAGAGUGUUACAAAUGUUUGAAACUUGAUUUAUCUAUUGAGAUGACUGCACGCAUUUAUUGGCUUCUUGCACAUAAUAGUGGACUUUUUUUUACCUCCAAGUUUCGUCGUAAUUACUUGCUCAUGUUGGUCAACCUCCUGAACUCUAGCAGGGUUGAAAGUUUCCACUCUUUGAUAUGCGAUUACGAAGUAAUAACUGCCAGUCGGGCUCAACUUUUGGUUGAACAAAUUGAUUGUCGUGAAAAUAUAUCUAGGAUCAGCAGUCUCUUCAAAGCGAAAAAGUUCAGAGAGGUUAUCACCAUAAUUGAGAACAGUUUUGAUUGGAAAGAGGCUAACAAAGAAAUGGCACUUAAAACGGCAAUGAUCUUUAUUGAUUCAUGUCUUGAAGUUGGGGACAUGAAUAAGGCAGCUGUCUGGAUCUCCAGAGUCUUAGAUUCCUUGCGAGGUAGCGAUGGGACUGAUGAAGCUUUGGAACGGUUACACUCUUUAAACUUUGACAUGGUUUCCUCAGUAAAUAUUUCCAACGUGAUACACUGCAUAGCACCACUGCUUAUAGAAGGGUCGCACCACUCGGAUGUUGAGCUAUGGAUAAUUUUGUACGAGGGAGCUCGCCAUUUGGAAGGUGAACCGACAGUGGAAGAACUGACUUCUCGGUAUUCAAGUGACAAUGUUAUGCCGACUUUACCAUUGAAUAUAUUGGUAGUAGCUCAUGAUGCGGUCGCGGAAAGCCUUGGAUGUCACACAAAUAAUUAUCGCUUCCUUUUGUAUGCUCUUCGCGAGCUAAAUCGAGUUCGGAAUAUUCCCUCUGUGAAUAAAAUCCUAACUGACGGUGUCCAUACGGAUCAGCUAAGGGCAUUUCAGGAUGAAGUGCAUCAAUGCACAAGCUGCUUAUUUGGUCUUCCAACUCGGAGAAAAAGGCAGUUGGAAGAUCACGGCGGGCCUCAUGAUUACGAGCCGUCUGAAGAAGACGCUUUGUUCAUUCUGCCACUUUUUCUACCUGACCGUCGUCCGUCAUAUUCUGGUGGUGUAGCUCCAGAUCUAAUUGAGAUAGUUCAGAAAAAAUUCCCUUUUUUUUUGACGCCUACAGAGGAGGAGGUUGAGAAGGUUUCUUUCUUUUCCUUCGUCAUCCAGCUUUUUCUGCAGUUUCUUUAUCUAGAACGCGUAAAGCUCCUCGACGGUUUUAUCCAUGACGCUUCAUUGGGUGUUCCAUGGCCUCGAUGUUCAACAACUUCUUCUUUACGGGCUGAUAUUUUUUAUUUGAUGGCUUUAAAUUCGUAUCGUUCUCAACGUUUUAAUGAAGCCCUAGAUUUUAUUAAACUUUUUAUCGUACUAUUGCCGCCAGAUGUGGAUGAGGAGUCGGCGUUUGAUGGUUGGGCAAUGAUGGCUUUUGCUGGCACUAUGGUGUUAUUUUCACUUGAAAUGGACGAUUUGCGGCUUCACACAGUCAGGCAGUGUAUGGAAGGAUUACUUGAGGAAAGCGCAGAUCUGUUUUUAAAAUCAUGUCUUGCGCUGGAAGAUGGUGAUCCAGAUAAAUGGGAAUGCCAUUACUUUUUAGCGAAGAUUUAUGAGAAAUUGGGACAUAAAAUAACCGAAAUUAUGUAUCACUAUUACCAAGCUGCAAGACAGUUGGAGGCUUCAGGUGUCCAAUAUCCACUUCGCAUAAAGGCAAAGAAACAAGAAAAUGUGGAAGCUGUUGAGCUUCAUUAUCGUGCAUAUGCGUGUCUUAUUAAGUGGAUCAUAGAAACAGAGUCGUGGCAUUGGAGUAGGGAAGAACUACUUUUGAUGUCUUCGUUUGCUAAGUGCUUCCAGAACCAUGGAGUGUGUCGAAAAGAAAUGGGCGGCAGUUUCAAUAUUUGUCCAGAAGUGAGAUUUGCAGUUACUAAUUGUGUCUUUCUUGCUUCCUUAGAAGAAAAAAGUGAUGUAGAGCAGUGCGUUGAUUCUACUGUGGAACGCGUUGACCUGUGUAAUGGAAUCCUUGCUCUGUGUAAAGAAGCCUUCCAGACAUGUAUUCAGAGGUUUCCGCAUUUUAAAUCGUACUAUAGACUGGCUCAAUUGGCAAUAUACGAAAAAGAUUUAAGAAGUGCUUCCAUUAUAUUAUUUGACAACCUUCUUUUGAAGAGGAAAGCUAAUAUGAACUGUGAUAAUGUCUUUGAGAACUUGAUCACGAUUGCUAAACAAGAGUUGGAUCGCGGUGAUGCAUUACAAUAUCACGCGAAUCGUAUUGCUGUUAUGGGUUUGUUUGUUGCGAAAGCGCUCGGAGAUUUAAACGCGCUGCAGGAUCUCAAAGUUUUAUAUGCGUUUGCUCUGAAUCUUCUCUCCGACUGCAUUCUUCAAAAAGUCACAUUUGGAGAGGUUACGACAAAAGUUCUUCUCGACCUUUUUGGUCUUUUUCAGAAUAAGGAAGUUAGACUCUGCCGUCGGUUGCUUCCUCUAAUGAAAUCUGUUGCCGAGAAAAUGAAAGAUUUUCCUGCUGGUGCUGAUCCAGUAGCGUUCUGUAAACAAAUUACAGCAGCAGCGAAGCAGCAGAGAUUGGGGAAGCGUCGUGGUAAAAAGACUAUUUUUGAAGGGAUUCCUUCUAGUAAAGAGAUGCGACUAUCGACUGAAACAACUACUGCAUCGCUUUAA